AUGAAAUUAUUAUUAAUUGGUUUAAUACCUAUUGCAAUGUAUACAAUUAUGUCACUGUUAUAUUAUACAUGGUUACCAACAAAUUAUAGAUUUGAUAAAGAUGUUUUACAAUCAUUAGUAAAUCAAACAAUUAAAACUAAUCCAACAAAUGCAACAGCAAUGAUGAUUGAUUUAGGUAAAAAAAUUAAAAAAGAAUAUCCAGAUAUUAUAAACGAAUUAAAUUUUAAUGAUUGGGUAUAUAAUAAUGCAGGAGGAGCAAUGGGUAUGAUGUUUAUAUUACAUAGUUCAAUAUCUGAAUAUUUAAUAUUUUUUGGUACUGCAAUUGGAACAGAAGGUCAUACAGGUGUUCAUUUUGCUGAUGAUUAUUUUAUGAUUUUAAAAGGUGAAGAAAGAGCUGCAUUACCUGGUAAUUUAGAACCUGAAAUUUAUAAACCUGGUGAUUGUCAUCAUUUAAAAAGAGGCGAGACUAAACAAUAUGCUAUGCCUGGUGAAUCUUAUGCUUUAGAAUUAGCUCAAGGUUGGAUUCCUUCAAUGUUAUUUUUUGGAUUUGUUGAUACAUUAUCAUCAACUUUAGAUUUUGGUACAUUUUAUAAAACUUCAUAUUUAACUGCUAAGGAUAUGAUUUCGAAUUUGUUGAGAGGAAAGUUUUGA